AUGACUAAAAGUGUAAAAUUUAGCUUGAAACUUCUCGUUGAUGAGAAGAGAAACAAAGUUGUUUUGGCUGAGGCGGAUCAUGAUUUCGUUGACGUGCUCAUCAGCCUUUUGAGUCUACCAAUGGGCAAAAUUGCUAGAUUGCUGGAGAGCCAUAAGGAUUUGCAGACAGUCCUAGCUUGUUAUCAAAACCUUAACAGAAGCGUUGCAGAUAUGGGCAACGAACAUUUUGGGAGUGAAGCUUGCAAGAAUAUGUUACUGUCUCCCAAGAGUUCUUAUGAGAUUCACUGUAGAAAGCUCAAGCUGAACAUGGGUGAUACUGAUGCCACCAAGUUCUUUAUAUGCUCAAGUUAUCUUAGUGAUGAUAGUACUUGCGACAAUGUAUACAGCAAUUUUAACACCUCAACAUGUAGAUGUGGAGGGACGAUGAGCACUCGGAUGUUUACAUCAGAUGAAGAUCUAAUUGGAGAAGAGAUUGGAAAUAGUGUAGAUGGAGUGUUUGUCAAUUGCAGAUCCUCAUUCAUUGUGACUGAUGAUUUGAAAGUAUCAGUGAACUCUAUUGGUGUUGUCAUGAAUUUUCUUAAUGAUUUAGGGUACACUGAUUUUAGUGAUCUACAAGAAACCCUACUUGACAUAGGGUUCGAAGAGGUGGUGACUCUUUUGGGAUGUUUCUUCACUACCGAAACUCCCUUAACAUGCGCGUUCCUGAUGAAACCUUGCAUGACAAGGAAGCUCAAAAUGCUGUCGCCGCAUCUUCAAAACUCGGAGAUUGUAGAACCAAGCAGUGUAUUCUCUGUGAAACUUUUUGUUACAAAGUUUGAUAAUGAGAUUCUUUAUGCAGAGUGCAAUGCAGACUUCAUCGAUGCUCUUCUCAGUUUUCUGAUCUUCCCUCUUGAGUUGAUCUGCUCAUUAUCCAACAAUUUGGGAAGUGUCGGAAAUUUGUCUAGAAGCCCUUGUAGAAAAGCAUCAGCUUCCGAUUUCAAUCAAGUUCCUGAUUAUUAUGGUUGCAGUAACAACACUAUGUUUGGCUAUCUCCCUUCUCCAUCACCAGUGUAUGAAUGUUUUGUUCCUCACAGUUCUAGCGAUUCUUGGAGUUGCCAAUUAGCCAGGCAGAUUCAGUGGUCUACGGAACUAUUCAUAGUAGGUGGCGAUAUUGUGAAAAUGUCUCCAAACAAUCCGAAAGUAAUUUCUGGAAGUUCAUCAAGAUGUGACACCGGGUUUAUGAAGAAAAACACAAAGUUCAUUGUGUCUAAUGAUCUGAGUAUAUCCCCUAUGAAUUCAUUUUCUACUGUUGGCUUGUUGAAGAAAAUGCAGGUGAACAUCAGUGAUCUCGAGGAGCAUCAGAUUAUCAUUUCAAAAGCAGAUCUUAUCAGCAUUCUCAGAGCUUCUUUGGUCUCGUCCUCUGCAUUGACCAAUGCUCAUUUCUUCAGUAACAACCCCGAUGACUUGACAUCUUCUUUUCCUGUACCAGUGGAAGCAUCGAACUUGGUUUGCCGCUUGAGAGAUGAAGAAGGUAUAGGUGAAGAAAAGGAAGUGAGACCCAAACCAGCAAAGCAGACCACUGGUGUCUAA